CAAAUAUUAAAUCAACAGUUACUAAUUGUUAAAAAAGUUUUGAAGUGUGCAUAAAAAACAAUACAUUUUGCGACUUUAGUGCAGAAUCGAAAAAAAUGCCACGUCUUCGUGGAAGAGCGAAAAAUAUUGGUCGACGUACUCGGAAUGCGCAAUUGGUCCAUGAUCGUCGAUUAAAUAGAUCAGUUGAAGAACUCUUGACGGAUAAUGUAAAUUCCAGAGAUCAAGUUGCAUGUUCACGAGCAAAUGAAAAUUCAGAGCAACGCGUUCGACGUCUUCAUGCUAAUACAUUAAGACAACGAGAGGCACGUCAACGACUGACCGACGCACAGAGAGAACAUCAAAAUCGGCAAGUGCUCGAAAAUCGAACAUUGACACGAGCAUCACUUAGUCGUCUCGCGUUUGAAUAUGAUCCUAAAAUAGACUAUUCGUCACAUGCACUAAUCACGAUAGGUAGUAUGGACAAAGAGUGUAAAUAUUGUCAUGCUUUUAAGUACAAAGGUGAAUCGGUUGGUUUAUGUUGUGCGUCUGGAAAAAUUUCACUGCCAUCGCUAAAUCCACCACCAGAACCUUUAAAAAUACUUUUAGCCGGAACCACAUCUCAAUCGAAAUUGUUUUUGCGGAAAAUUCGUAAAUUUAAUUCAUGCUUUCAAAUGACAUCAUUUGGAGCAACAAAAAUCGUCCAUAAUGAAGAUGGUUGUAAUUUUGAAUCUACAUUCAAGAUUCAAGGUCAGACUCUUUCUAACAGACUGCAAAACGACAAGUACGUCAUUGUCAUUAAAGCAGACAAAGUGCCCUAUGGCGAACACGCAGGUACAUAUAAUGUUCCAACUAUUAAUGAAGUUGCAGUUGUUAUGGCUGGUGACCCAUGUGAACGGCGAGACAUUCGCAUACAACGCAGAGAUGAUACGGUGCAAAUAAUUCAAGACAAUCAUCGUUCUUACGAUGCUUUGCAGUAUCCAUUGAUAUUUUGGGAAGGAGAAGAUGGAUAUUAUAUCAAUAUUAAACAAAGGAAUCCAACUACAGGUGAAGAACUGAACAAGAAAGUUAGUGCUAUGAACUUUUACGCAUAUCGACUAAUGAUUCGUGCUAAUGAAGACAAUAACAUUCUCCGAUGCAGACAGCUAUUUCAUCAAUACAUUGUCGAUAUGUAUGUAAAAAUCGAAAGUGAGAGAUUACGAUACAUAAAAUUUAAUCAAGCAAAACUUCGUGCUGAGGAGUACAUUCAUUUGCGUGACGCCGUAAUCGGUAACGUAGAUGCAACGAAUAACAUCAACAAUAUCGGGACCGCAUAUAUUCUCCCGUCAUCAUACAUUGGUAGUCCGCGCCAUAUGCAGGAAUACAUUCAAGAUGCCAUGACCUACGUACGUGCAUACGGCCGACCAGAUCUUUUUAUUACAUUUACGUGUAAUCCAAACUGGGAUGAAAUUAAAAAUUUGCUGUUGCCAGGUCAAACAUCGAUGCACCGUCAUGAUGUCACUGCACGUGUUUUUAAACAAAAAUUAAAAUCUUUGAUGAAUUUUAUUACUCAUCACUCGGUAUUUGGUGAAACACGUUGUUGGCUUUACUCGGUUGAAUGGCAAAAACGAGGCUUACCUCAUGCGCAUAUUUUAAUUUGGUUGGUGGAUAAAAUACGCCCAGAAGAAAUUGACAAAAUUAUUUCAGCGGAAAUUCCAGAUCCGAACAUUGAUCAAGAAUUGUUUGACAUUGUUACUACUAAUAUGAUCCAUGGUCCAUGUGGUACUCUAAACAUAAUGUCACCAUGUAUGGAUAAUGGAAAAUGUACAAAGCGUUUUCCAAAACCAUGUGAAACUGAUACUAUCACUAAUAUUGAUGGCUAUCCAUCUUACCGACGUAGAGACGUAGACAAUGGUGGUCAAUCAUAUGAAUUACGUCUGUCAAAUGGUGUAAUAGUAGAUAUUGAUAAUCGCUGGGUAGUCCCAUAUUCACCAUUGCUGUGCAAAACCUACAAAGCGCACAUUAACGUCGAACUAUGCAGUUCAGUGAAGUCGAUCAAAUACAUUUGUAAGUAUGUUCACAAAGGUAGUGAUAAAGCUAUAUUUGCUGUUCAAAAUAUAAACGACAAUGACGAAAUAACACGUUAUCAAAUGGGUCGAUACAUAAGUAGCAACGAAGCUAUUUGGCGCAUUUUUACGUUUCCUAUCCAUGAAAGGGAUCCUGCUGUGAUACAUUUGUCUGUGCAUCUUGAAAACGGACAACGUGUUUACUUCACAGAAGAGACUGCACUACAACAGGCUUUAACGGCUCCAAAAACAACUCUUACUGAAUUUUUUAAACUUUGUAGUCGACAAGAUGUUGUUGGUCAAUUCGCAAGGACAUUAAUAUACGCUGAUGUUCCUAAAUUUUUUAUAUGGAAUAAACAAUCAAAAAAUUGGGAACCGCGGAAACGAGGCACUCCAGUCUCAGGAUUCGCUGACUUAUUUAUGACAAAUACGUUAGGUCGAUUAUAUACAGUUCAUCCGAAGCAACGCGAAUGUUUUUUUUUGCGUUUAUUACUGGUUAACAUUCCUGGACCAACGUCCUUCCAAUAUUUGCGAAAAGUCAAUGGUAUUUUGUACGACACUUUCUUCGAUGCGUGUAGAGAGUUACAUUUAUUGGAGGAUGAUAACCAUUGGGACCUCACACUUGCAGAUGCUGCACUGAGCUCAUCUCCACAACAAAUCCGGCAAUUAUUUUCAAUAAUAUUAACAACGUGUUUUCCGUCUGACGCAUCUGCUCUGUGGAACAAAUAUAAAGAUUCAAUGAGUGAAGAUAUUUUGCAUCGGACUAGAAUUGCUAAUCAAAAUCUUAAUAUUGAAUUCUCCGCUGAAAUAUACAACGAAUCAUUAAUAAUGAUUGAGGAUAUUUGUAUUCUUAUUUCGAACAUGCCGCUCAUCCAUUUCGGAAUGCCAGCGCCGAACCGCCCAGCGGUAGAUAUCAUCAAUAGCGAUGUUCAACGUGAACACCAGUUCGAUAAAACUUCUUUGGCUACUUUUGUUGCUAAUAAUGAACAAUUGCUUACUGCUGAACAACGAAAUGUAUAUGAUGAAAUUGACGUAUCAAUUACAGCACAACAAGGUGGUUUCUUUUUUUUGGACGCACCAGGUGGCACUGGUAAAACAUUUCUCAUCUCACUGAUACUUGCGCGCAUUCGAUCACAAAAUCAUAUUGCGUUGGCCGUUGCUUCAUCAGGUAUUGCAGCAACGUUACUUGAUGGUGGACGGACUGCCCAUUCAGCACUAAAAUUACCUUUGAAUGUUCAUACAAAUCCUGAAGCAAUAUGUAACAUAAAGAAGCAUUCAGGCAUGGCUGAAGUUUUGAGAAAAUGCAAAAUUAUUAUCUGGGAUGAAUGUACAAUGGCCCACAAGCAUUCGCUCGAAGCUCUCGACAGGUCUCUGAAAGAUAUCAGAAAUAAUGCUCGGCUUUUCGGUGGUGCUCUACUUCUGCUGUCUGGUGAUUUCAGACAAACACUACCAGUCAUUCCACGUGCGACAUAUGCAGACCAAAUAAACGCAUGUUUGAAAGAAUCUUAUUUAUGGCGAAGUGUCACUAAAUUAUGCCUUACUCUUAAUAUGCGCGUUCAACCUCAGAAUGUUCCAUUAGCAUCAGGAUUCGCUGAACAAUUGUUAAACAUUGGCAACGGUAAAAUUCCAUUGUAUGAAGAUACACAAUAUAUUCGACUACCAGAGAAUUUUUGCAACAUGGUGGCUACCAAAGAUGAGUUAAUAGAAAGUAUCUUUCCAGAUUUGAAACAUAAUUAUACUAAUCAUGUAUGGCUGCGAGAGCGAGCUAUUUUAGCCGCAAAAAAUUUAGAUGUUGACGCCAUCAACUUUAAAAUACAACAGUCAUUGCCUGGUGAUGAAAUUAUAUUUAAAUCGAUUGACACGGUUGUUGAUCCUGACGAAGUUGUCAACUAUCCUGUAGAGUUUCUAAAUUCACUAGAUUUAUCCGGAAUGCCACCGCAUAAUUUGCGGCUGAAAAUUGGCUCACCUAUAAUUUUGCUUCGAAAUUUAAAUGCCCCAAAAUUGUGUAAUGGCACGCGAUUAGUUGUAAAAAAAAUCAUGGGCAACAUUCUCGAAGCCACUAUUUUAAGUGGAAAAUUCCAAGAUGAAGUUGUACUUCUACCACGGAUCCCAAUGAUUCCUUCAGAUUCACCUAUACCAUUCAAACGUUUACAAUUUCCAAUCUGCUUGGCAUAUGCUAUGACUAUAAAUAAGUCACAAGGCCAAACAAUGACAAUUUGUGGCUUAGAUUUAGAAAAUCCACAAACAAACAAACCAGAAGAGGCAGCAAGCUCCGAGAAACGAGCAGCGUUUAAAACGAGCUCUCAAUCUGCCACCACGACGACUGAAGUCAAUCUUAGUCAAAGUGGACCGGCGGCAAGCGCUGACACUGGGACUGAGGUUAAGACUAGCUCCAGUACAUCGGCAUCUCCUGCGGCAGUCGUCGGAACCAAACCAAGUAGUCGACAUCCUGUGGCUAUGCGGAGAACUGGGGAAGAUACUGCCACAGGUAGCACCGAGGCCAGUGCUCUCGCCGGAAGAUGGCCGACAGUAAGGAUCACUGAUCCAACCCAAGCAGGGUACUUGGAAAGGCGUAAUGCCGUCAAGAUACUCAAAAGGCUCUACGAUACACCUCCAACAACGGAGGAGCUGACGAAGGAGGUACACGAGUCGAUAGAGUGGACGAAGAAGGUACUACCUAACUUCAUCCGCGAAAGGCUAACCACAUCGUCAGCUGCCACCAAAAGACAGAGCUCUUCUGAAGAGGUCAAACCGUCAGCGAAAAGACCGAAAAAUCGAGGCAUAGCGCCUAAAAAAACGUUCGCGGAAGUGGCUUGCAAUCGCAUCAUCAUUGGUGUCCUGGAUGCGGGUGAUCCCGAAGGAAGAAUUCCUAGGGCCCAAUGGAAAUGGGUGCAGGCUGCUCUGACUAAUGUGACGCUGGAAGUGCUACUAAGCAAUCCAGGUCCGACACCAUCAUGUACUGACGCUGACUGGCAUUAA